GCGGAACUCACUUCCUCAAAGUGAAACCGAAAGCAAUCACAUCAGAUGACGACGCCAUUUCGGGUGAUUCGAAUUCAACGUCUUCUUCACGUUAUGUCGCCGUCGUCUGUAGUUUUUGUGAGUGCUGGUGUCAUCUGAAGUCUUCAAAAGGCCUGAUACUGACUGUGAAACCCUAUUUUUGACACUGCUAACAACAGUCUCCUCAACUGACUCGACAGAAUCAUGUUUUGAGCCGCCUGCCACAUCACUGUCUUCACGUGAGGCCUGAAAUCAAAUACCUCAUCUAGGAAAAAGAGAUGCAGAAGAACAGCCUGCAAAAUGAGUGUGUAUGAGGAGAGAGAGCAGGAGAAUCCUGUUGAUGCUCAGAGAGCAGCUUCUCCAGGAUACAGCUAUGUAUCUAUGAAGAGUAACAACUCCAUGUUUCAGCCCCCUGGGCUCAGUGAUGUUGACGCUCAGAGAGCAGCAUCUCCAGGAUUCAGCGGUGUGUCUGUGAAGAGUAACAACUCCAUGUUUCAGCCCCCUGGGCUCAGUUAUGUUGAUGCUCAGAGAGCAGCAUCUCCAGGAUUCAGCAGUGUGUCUAUGAAGAGUAACAACUCCAUGUUUCACCCCCCUGGGCUCACUGAUGUUGACGCUCAGAGAGCAGCAUCUCCAGGAUUCAGCAGUGUGUCUGUAAAGAGUAACAACUCCAUGUUUCAGCCCCCUGGGCUCAGUUAUGUUGAUGCUCAGAGAGCAGCAUCUCCAGGAUUCAGCGGUGUGUCUGUGAAGAGUAACAACUCCAUGUUUCUGCCCCCUGGGCUCAGUUAUGUUGAUGCUCAGAGAGCAGCAUCUCCAGGAUUCAGCAGUGUGUCUAUGAAGAGUAACAACUCCAUGUUUCAGCCCCCUGGGCUCAGUGAUGUUGACGCUCAGAGAGCAGCAUCUCCAGGAUUCAGCGGUGUGUCUGUGAAGAGUAACAACUCCAUGUUUCAGCCCCCUGGGCUCAGUUAUGUUGAUGCUCAGAGAGCAGCAUCUCCAGGAUUCAGCAGUGUGUCUAUGAAGAGUAACAGCUCCAUGUUUCAGCCCCCUGGGCUCAGUUAUGUUGAUGCUCAGAGAGCAGCUUCUCCAGGAUACAGCUAUGUAUCUAUGAAGAGUAACAACUCCAUGUUUCAGCCCCCUGGUCUCAGUGAUGUUGACGCUCAGAGAGCAGCAUCUCCAGGAUUCAGCGGUGUGUCUGUAAAGAGUAACAACUCCAUGUUUCAGCCCCCUGGGCUCACUGAUGUUGACGCUCAGAGAGCAGCAUCUCCAGGAUUCAGCGGUGUGUCUAUGAAGAGUAACAACUCCAUGUUUCACCCCCCUGGGCUCACUGAUGUUGACGCUCAGAGAGCAGCAUCUCCAGGAUUCAGCAGUGUGUCUAUGAAGAGUAACAACUCCAUGUUUCAGCCCCCUGGGCUCAGUUAUGUUGACACUCAGAGAGCAGCAUCUCCAGGAUACAGCGGUGUGUCUGUAAAGAGUAACAACUCCAUGUUUCACCCCCCUGGGCUCAGUUAUGUUGACACUCAGAGAGCAGCAUCUCCAGGAUACAGCGGUGUGUCUAUGAAGAGUAACAACUCCAUGUUUCAGCCCCCUGGGCUCAGUUAUGUUGAUGCUCAGAGAGCAGCAUCUCCAGGAUUCAGCGGUGUGUCUGUAAAGAGUAACAACUCCAUGUUUCACCCCCCUGGUCUCAGUUAUGUUGACACUCAGAGAGCAGCAUCUCCAGGAUUCAGCGGUGUGUCUAUGAAGAGUAACAACUCCAUGUUUCACCCCCCUGGGCUCACUGAUGUUGACGCUCAGAGAGCAGCAUCUCCAGGAUUCAGCAGUGUGUCUAUGAAGAGUAACAACUCCAUGUUUCAGCCCCCUGGGCUCAGUUAUGUUGACACUCAGAGAGCAGCAUCUCCAGGAUACAGCGGUGUGUCUAUGAAGAGUAACAACUCCAUGUUUCAGCCCCCUGGGCUCAGUUAUGUUGAUGCUCAGAGAGCAGCAUCUCCAGGAUUCAGCGGUGUGUCUGUAAAGAGUAACAACUCCAUGUUUCACCCCCCUGGUCUCAGUUAUGUUGAUGCUCAGAGAGCAGCAUCUCCAGGAUUCAGCAGUGUGUCUGUGAAGAGUAACAACUCCAUGUUUCACCCCCCUGGGCUCAGUUAUGUUAAUGCUCAGAGAGCAGCAUCUCCAGGAUUCAGCUGUGUGUCUAUGAAGAGUAACAACUCCAUGUUUCACCCCCCUGGUCUCAGUGAUGUUGACGCUCAGAGAGCAGCAUCUCCAGGAUUCAGCAGUGUGUCUGUAAAGAGUAACAACUCCAUGUUUCACCCCCCUGGGCUCACUGAUGAACUUGCUGUGACUUCUGACACUGUUAUUAUCAACAGGAAGAGAAAGAGAGCAGCUUCCCCACUGCAGCCCCCUGAUCUCAGUGAUGGAUCAGUGGCAUUUGAUCCUGUUGUCUGGAGAGCUGACCAGAUCAGAGAUGUGUCCUGUCAGACCUUCACAUCCUCCUUCAGUCAGAACCACUUCAGUCAGCAUGACACAGAAGAAGAUCUGCAGCUCGAUUCUCACAAAACAGUGCAUUAUUAUCUUCAAAGAGUCAAAGACCAGCACAAAACCAGUAUGAAGAACAGGUAUGAGAGCUUAUUUGAGGGAGUCAAACUACAAGAGAAUCAAACCCUCCUGAACAGGAUUUACACACAGCUGUACAUCAUAGAGGGAGAGAGUGAAGGAUUGAAUGAAGAACAUGAGGUGCUACAGAUUGAGAAAAGUUACAGGUCAAUCCAAGACACUCCAAUCAACUGCAAUGACAUCUUUAAUCCUUCACCUGAACCAGGAUAUGAGGAGAAGAGAAGAGAGAAGAACGACAAAAUAAAGACUGUUCUUACUAAAGGCAUCGCUGGAAUUGGAAAAACCGUCUCUGUGCAGAAGUUCAUUCUGGACUGGGCCGAGGGAAGAGCCAAUCAGGAUGUAGAUUUCAUGUUUGUGCUUCCAUUUCGAGAGCUGAACUUGAUUAAAGAUCAUCAGUUCAGUCUUCACAGACUUCUGCUUGACCUUCAUUCUGAACUUCAUGGUCUGGAUUCAAAGAUUUAUGAUGCAUGUAAAGUUGUGUUCAUCUUUGAUGGUCUGGAUGAAAGCAGGAUUUCACUGAUGUUUACAGACUGUCAGAAAGUUUCUGAUGUGACUGAGGUUUCUUCAGUGAGUCUGUUAAUGUCGAACCUCAUGAGAGGAGAUCUGCUUCCCUCUGCUCUCAUCUGGAUCACCACCAGACCAGCAGCAGCCAAUCAGAUCCCCUCCAACUACAUCAGCCGUGUGACAGAGAUUCAAGGAUUCAAUGACCCUCAGAAGGAGGAAUAUUUCAGGAAGAGAAUCAGUGACGAGCAUCAAGCCAGCAGAAUCAUCUCACACAUCAGAAGAGCAAGAAGCCUCCACAUCAUGUGCCACAUACCCGUCUUCUGCUGGAUCUCAGCCACUGUGCUUCAAAACAUCCUGAAACAAGAUCUCAGUGCAGAAAUCCCUCAAACUCUGACUGAAAUGUACAUCUACUUUCUGCUCAUUCAAACAAAUAUAAGGAACCAGAAAUAUGAAGAGAGAGAUUCAGGGAAACUCCUGCAGUCCAACAGAGAAGUGAUUGUGAAACUGGCUGAACUGGCUUUCAAUCAGCUGAUGAAGGGCAAUGUGAUGUUUUAUGAGGAGGACCUGAGAGAGAGCGGCAUAGACGUCACUGACGCCUCAGUGUAUUCUGGGAUUUGCACUGAGAUCUUUAGGGAGGAAUCUGUGAUUUAUCAGAGGAAGGUUUACAGCUUUGUACAUCUGAGCUUUCAGGAGUUUUUUGCAGCACUGUAUGUGUUUUACUGUUAUUUACACAAGAGCAGCGAGGUUCUGAAAAUGUUCCUGACAGGAAAGUCCAGAACUCAGAGUGAAGACGUUUCUCUGGAUGUGUUUCUGAAGGGAGCAAUGAAUAAAGCCUUGGAGAGUAAAACUGGACACCUGGAUCUUUUCCUUCGGUUUCUUCAUGGCAUCUCACUGGAGUCCAAUCAGAGACUCUUACAGGAUGUGCUGAUACACACAGAGAACAACCCAGAGAGCAUCAAGAAAAUAAUCCAAAACCUCAAACGAGGUCAAAAAAACAAUGUCAGUCCUGAAAGAUGGAUGAAUCUGUCACACUGCUUAAUUGAGAUGAAGAAUAAUUCUGUUGUUGAAGAAAUGCAGGCGUUUUUAAAGUCUGACACGAAAGAAAAAAAACUUACUCUUGCACAAUGCUCAACUUUGGCAAACAUGAUCCUGAUGUCAGAGGAGGUGCUGGAUGAGUUAGACUUUAAUAAGUACAACAUCAAAUCAUCAAAAGAGGGCAGAAGAAGACUGGUACCUGCUGUAAGGAACUGCAGAAAAGCUGUAUUGACAGACUGUAAUCUCACUGAUCAGCAUUGUGGAAUUGUGGCUUCAGCUCUACAAUCAUCCAACUCCCUGAGAGAGCUAGACCUGAGUAAAAAUCAUCUGCAAGAUUCAGGAGUGAAGCUGCUCUGCGCUGGACUGAAGAGUCCAAAUUGUCAACUCAACAUACUGAGAUUAUCUGGCUGUUUGGUGAAAGAAAAAGGUUUGGCUGUUCUGGUAUCAGCUCUGAGUUCAAACCAUUCACACCUGAGAGAGCUGGAUCUGAGCUACAAUCACCCAGGAGAUUCAGGAGUGAAGCUGCUAAAUGAAGCUGAUAUACUCAAACAACUGGACAAACUCAAUUUGGCAGGCUGUAAUCUCACUGAUCAGCACUGUGAAGUUGUUGCUUCAGUUUUACAAUCAGCAAACUCCCCUCUGAGAGAGCUGGACCUGAGUAACAAUCUCCUGCAGGAUUCAGGAAUGAAGCUGCUGUGUGCUGGACUGGAGAGUCCAAACUGUCAACUCAACAUACUGAGAUUAUUUCAUUGUUUGGUGAAAGAAGAAGGUUGUGCUGCUCUGGCAUCAGCUCUGAAAUCAAACCCUUCACACCUUAGAGAGCUGGAUCUGAGCUACAAUCAUCCAGGAGAUUCAGGACUGAAGCUACUCUCUGAUGCACUCAGACAACUGAAUAAACUGAAUUUGGCAGGCUGUAAUCUUACUGAUCAGCACUGUGAAGUUGUUGCUUCAGUUUUACAAUCAUCAAAUGCCCUCCUGAGAGAGCUGGACCUGAGUAACAAUGACCUGAAGGAUUUGGGAGUGAUGCUGCUGUGUGCUGGACUGGAGAGUCCAAACUGUCAACUCAACAUACUGAGAUUAUCUGGCUGUAUGGUGACAGCAGAAGGUUGUGCUACUCUGGCAUCAGCUCUGAGUUCAAACCCCUCACACCUGAGAGAGCUAGAUCUGAGCUAUAAUCACCCAGGAGAUUCAGGACUGAAGCUGCUAAAUGAAGCUGAUAUACUCAAACAACUGGACAAACUCAAUGUGGAUCAUGGAGGAGAGUUCAGGAUCAGAGGAGGACCUCAAAAGUAUGCCUGUGAUCUCACACUGGAUCCAAACACAGCAAACAGAAAUCUCGUUCUGUCUGAGGAGAACAGAAAGGUGACGCGUGUGGAUGAGCGACAGUCAUAUCCUGAUCAUCCGGACAGAUUUGAUGAGUGUCAGGUUCUGUGUUCAGAGACUCUGACUGGACACUGUUACUGGGAAACUGAGUGGAGUGGAUAUGUUCAUAUAUCAGUGUCUUAUAAAGGAAUCAAGAGGAAAGGAAGGAGUGAUGACUGUAGGUUUGGACUGAAUGAAAACUCCUGGUGUCUGAUCUGCUCUGAUCACACAAUCAGUGUCCAUCACAAUCGUAAGAAAACUCUCAUACCUGCAGCUCGAGUCUCCUAUAAGAGAGUAGGAGUAUAUGUGGACGAGUCGAGGGGGUCUCUGUCCUUCUACAGCGUCUCUGACACACACACACUCACACACUUACACACAUUCACACACACAUUCACUCAGCCACUACACGCUGGAUUUAGACUUGAGUAUCCAGUCUCUUCAGUGUCUCUGUGUCACAUUAAACACACACACACCUGACACACACACACACACUCACACACACAUUCACUCAGCCACUACACACUGGAUUUAGACUUGGUUACAACUCUUCAGUGUCUCUGUGUCACAUUAAACACACACACACCUGACUGACACGCACACACUCACUCACACACACUCACACACACACACACACACACUCACACACUUACACACACUCACACACACAUUCACUCAGCCACUACACGCUGGAUUUAGACUUGAUAAUUACAACUCUUCAGUGUUUCUGUGUCACACACUGACUGACACACACACACACACACACACACACUCUUACACACAUUAUUAGCGUCAAACCGUGUGAAAGUGUGUGUUUUCAUCUGAGCUCAGGGAGAAUCUCAGUCUUCAGGAAGUUGAAUAUCAGACACGAGACCGUUUCCUCAUGUGUUGUCUCCAGUAUUGUGUCAUGUUUCUCAGGCCGUAUCUCAGGAGAUCAUGAUAUUUUAGUCUUAAUGAAUGAUUUAAUGAAUGAGGGAUUGAUGUAGUGCUUUACUGUGUAUCGCUGGACACUAAAAGCUCCAUUUACAUGAGGGGGUCUCUCCUCAAACAGCACCAGCAUCCACCUGAACCACAGGACGACCACAGCGAUGUGCUCAUCACACUCCAGCAGAGAGACACAAUCAGCAGAAUUCAGACUCCAAUUACUUCAUCAUCAUCAUUAUUAUUAACAUUAGUAUUAUUAUUAUUAUUACAUGUCUGAAACUAACAUUCAAAUUACUGCUAGAGAAAAAGAGUGUUUAUGCAAACUUGACUUUAAAUAAAUUAUUUUAAAACA